CCGCUCUUCUGGCUGGAGGAAGAGCUGGUUCUCGCCUGCCCGCAAUCGGCAGCGAGCAGGCGAGGGGAAGCCCGGGGAUCUUCACAGGCAAGACCAUGCCUUUGCUUUUGUGACAGCCUCCUUAGACCCCACCGGCGGCGGGCAGCUGUGAGGGAAGACAUGCGCCUCGAAUAAUGGAGAUCAACGACUCGGGCAGCGUGGUGCUGACAGCCUACCAUUCGUACGCUCCAUCCCGAGCGGAGCAGAGCUUCGCGCCGGAGAGCCCCCCCAGCCGGUCGCCUCUCAGAAAAUCCCUCCCCCGAUGCCAAAGAAUUAACAGAAUGCUCUCCAAUGAAUCUUUACAUCAUCCUGCGUACAGCCGUUCUAAUUCCCAAGCCUCUGUUGAUAGCACUUCCAUGGAAGAUUUCUGGUGUGAGGUGGAAAAUAUCAAAGAGUGCACUGAGGACAGACAAGAUGAUCAGACUCUUCUAGAAGUUAAACCUCCUGAUGAAGGGGAAUUGGAAGCUGAAUGGUUACAUGAUGUAGGUUUGUCUACGUUAAUAUCAGGGUCUGAAGAGGAGGAUGGAGAAGCAUUGCUUUCCACCUUGACCCGAACUCAAGCAGCUGCAGUACAAAAAAGAUAUAACACCUACACACAGACCAUGAGAAAGAAAAAUAAACACACAGUCAGAGAUGUACGAGACAUCUUUGGGGUCAGUGACACUUCUCCCACUUUUGAGGCCAUCCCAAUGUCACCUGUGACAACUAAUGGUAUCCAGCUUCCUAUGCACAAACCAGCUACUAGCUGUCUCGAAUGUGAAUCCGAUAAGGACAGCCACUCAGUGACAGAAGAACUGUCCUUUGAGGUCUCUUUCUCAGAAUCCAUUACAGUGAUUCCAAAGCACAGAGAAUGGCACAGUAAUCAGAGAUUUAAAAAGGAGGAAUCUGCUUUGCCUAACUUUACAAUUAGGAAAAGCCGAUUGGGACUGACGGAAGUUGAAGAUUUGUCUCUUGAUGACAUGAAGAAAAUUCACUAUUUGUCUCUGAUUGAGUUAACAGCCUUCUAUGAUGCUUUAGGAAUUGAGCUGAAGAGGAAUAGAAUAGAAAGAGUCAAAGGACGAGAAAAUGGCCUUUUUGGAGUUCCACUAACAGCAUUGCUGGAAAGUGAUCAGAAAAAGAUUCCUGGAAUAAAAGUCCCUCUCAUCUUUCAGAAACUGUUGCUUAAGCUUGAGGAAACUGGUCUGGAAACAGAAGGAAUUCUUCGAGUGCCUGGAUCUGCCUCAAGAGUUAAGAGUCUUCGCCAAGAAAUUGAGGCAAAAUUCGAAGAAGAUACCUUUGACUGGGAUCAGGUACGCAACAAUGAUGCAGCUGGACUCCUGAAGAUGUUCAUAAGGGAACUUCCAAGUCCUCUCUUCACUGUGGAAUAUCUCCCUGCCUUCAUCACAUUAGUGGAAAAGAUCUCCAAAGUCAAAUUACAGCUGCAAGCUUUGCACUUGCUGAUCAUGUUGAUGCCUGAUGCCAGCAGGGAUGCAGCUAAGGUCCUCCUGCAAUUCUUGAAGAAGGUGGUUACUAAUGAAGGGAAAAACAAAAUGACUUUGUGGAAUGUUUCCAUGAUCGUUGCUCCAAACCUCUUUGUCUACAAAGGCAAACGUGCAAACCAGGAAGAGAUGCUAGCAGCAGCCACUACAGCACGCAUUGUGAGACUUCUAAUUAAAUACCAAGAUAUCCUGUGGAUGGUUCCAACUUUUCUGAUUUCUCAGGUGAGAAAGAUGAAUGAGGCUGCAAUGAACAAUACCAAGAGGCAGCUGAUGUUUGACAAGGGUGUGCGAAGGCUGUUGAGAAGAAAAACUAUGGAAAGGGAGCGGCCAGAAAGAACAGAGUCUGACAUACCUGAAGGGGUCAUAAGAGUUCACGCUCCAUUGCAUUCAAAAGUUUCUAUGGCAAUACAGCUGAACAAUCAAACACAAGCCAAAGAUAUUCUGGCACGAUUUUAUUGUGAAAACAGCCAUGAACCAUCAGAGAAUAUGAAAAUGCAGAACCAAAGUUUACAUGAGAUUGGAGGAAAUAUAGGACAGCACUGUUUGGACCCAGAUGCUUAUAUGCUAGAUGUUUACCAUGCAAAUCCUCAAGCAGAGUGGGUGAUUAAACCAAAAAUAAAUUGAAACUUGCAAAAACAUCUUGGCAAGCACUUUGGAAAAUGCCAAAAGGAUUGGGGUGGGGGGGACUACCUUAUCAAGAACCAUUUUGCCAAGGAUAAAACCAAAGUAGUUAUGUAUGGAUCUACUCAAUGAUUUAAAAUCGCUGCCUUCUGAAGACAUCAUAGACCUUAAGAACUGUCAUUUUGGUUAAUCAUUUGUUGUAAUUUAUUUUGCAAUGUGAACAUUUAAACACUGGUUUUACUUGUGCCAGUUUUCAACCAAUGUGAAGGAAUACACAAUUUCCCCCUCUGCUUUACUACGUAAAAAACAACAACAACCAAUUAUCGUGGCCUAAGGACAUGGCCAUCAAUAACAAGAUACUGCAAAAGCAUCACUAGGUGCAGAGGAAGGAGGAAACGUAUCAGUAUGAACAAUGGAGAGUGCCAAAGCUCUAUGACUAUUCAUUCCUGUUCAAAGGAAAUCUUUUUAUUGUCAAAUGUUAAUUAUUCAAUAAUUGUGUUUCAUUUCAUAUUACUAGCUGCCAAUGCGAGGGGAAAAACUACUGUAAAAGACAUUUUUACUGUUAAUGUAUUGUGCAUGUAUAUAAAUAAGUAUACACAACAGAUUAUCAGCAUUUUAGUGAUAUUUCUUUAAUUAUAUUACAACAAUUAACCAAUUAAUUUGUAACACGUGCAUUUCAAACUGUCUACCACUGUAUGUUAAUGCAUCAGUUUGAGAGGACUAAAAGACAGAUAUUAGAAUUAGAGAGGUAAAUGCCCAGAUGUUAUAAAAAUUUGUAUUUUUUUUACUUAAUACCCAUACAUUUAAGCAUUUGCUGUUUGUAAGGCAUGAUUGUUUUAGAACCAUUUUUAUUUGAAGCAUUGUUUUCCUUAUUAUUUCUUUUAGUAUUGAAAAUAAUGGGUUCAUUUUGAAGGAUAUGUGAACAUGGGGAAAUAUCUUGAAUUUUUGUUUCCAUCACAGAUUAAAGGGAGAGACUGUGCUCAGGAAGGGGCUUUACCAGUGGUAGGCCCAAAUCCCAUUUGUUGAAAUGAGGAUGUUAAGCAUGUACUUAAAUCUCUCCUAUCACAACCAGUAGAACUUAAAAGUGCUUGAUACUGGCUGGCUCAUAGCAUGUAUUAUAGUGAACUAAAGGCUUUAGAGAAAUGAAAUCUGAAGGAAGUGUGUGCUGUGAGUUUUGGGAGACAUUACAUGAAUACUACAGUAGGAGGAUAGCUUUACUGCAUGAACUUGUAUUUCCAUACUUAUCAAACUUCUCAUCAAUAUAGACACUGUAAUUUCAAAGCAUACAGAGUUUAUAAAAUUGGAAAUAUUUACUGUAUAGUUAAUUCAUUGUGGUUUGUUUUAUGCUAUGAAGCUGUAGAAAAAAAAGGAGGAACCCGUUUUUUGGGUAUGUGCUCAAAUAUGUGACUGUGGUCAGGGACCACAGAAACUCCAGUUUUGUCUGGAUUUCACAUAUCUCAUGUUUUGGCUGAAUGCAAUAUAAUGCACCAAUGUUAUGCACCAAUGUAGUUAGACUGUCAGUUAUAUGUUUAAAGUGUUUGAAGGAAUAUAAAGCAGAAAUGGCAUAAAUGUUAUACUCUGAAAAAGAGUAAUUGUCUUAAUAUAGAUUUGUAGUCAGAGACGCAUCAUCAGAUAUGAAGAAAAGUAUCGGACAUUCUUUUUUAUAUUUCUAAUGUCUUAA